GCGGGAAGCUGGGGGAGGGGUGAGGAUGGAGGGAGCCUGGACCGGGAGGCAGCGUCGGACUGGGCCCAACGGCCUGGGCUGGGCUGUGCGGGAGAGUGGACCGCUGCGGGGACUGGGCUUUCCCCGCUGCCCCGCCCCCUGGGACCACCUCCCCUCCCCCCUGCUCUCUGGUGGCGGCGCUCAGCCCAGUGGCCGUUAGUUAGGCUUCGCGUGGUCCCUCUUCGGGCCUCUUUCUCCGGAGCCGCGAACAGGCGGUCUCCCUGCGGUCUCAGCAGGCCGCAUACCAGCGCCCAGCUCUACUGGACGUGAAGAGGCCGGUUGGGAUUCCGGGACUUUCCCGCCAGAGCAGGGUCUUCUCUCGAGGGAGAGCUGUUUUCGCCGGAAGCUCAGCUUUCUAUCACCUGCUUCACCUCCCGUCCUCCUUGAGACCUGAAUGGUAUUCCGCGGCUAUUUCUGCGUCUCACGUAAACAGUUUUCCAACUCUUAACUCUGGUAUCUCCUUGAGAUGUGAUAUCGCUAGUGCCACCACCAGAAAGAAACGUCGGGACCCUCCCGCCCAGGUUAUGAGAAUCCCCUUACCUGCCACAGUGUGCUUACCCGGCUCAUCGCCUCCUGGACUUUGUUUCUUUGCUAAAGUCAGUGAUGUGAAAAGACCUGACAUGGAUGAUAUUGCUGAUAGGAUGAGGAUGGACGCUGGAGAAGUAACUUUAGUGAACCACAACUCCAUCUUCAAAACCCACCUCCUGCAGCAGUCAGGGUUUCCAGAGGACCAGCUUUUACUUCCUGACCAGCAGAUUUUACCUUCUAGGCCAGGAAAUUUGGACCGAUCUUUUACAUGUUCCACAAGAAAUGCAGCUUAUAGUCCAAAUUACUACUCAGAUAACCCUUCCUCAGACAGUUUUCUUGGCUCAGGCGAUGUAAGGACUUUUGGCCAGAGUGCAAAUGGCCAGUGGAGAAAUUCCACUCCAAUACCAAGCUCAACUUUACAAAAAUCAAGAAACAGCCGAAGUCUUUACCUCGAAACCCGAAAGACCUCAAGUGGAUUAUCAAACCCAUUUACAGGAAAGUCAAACCAUCACUGCCAUAUGUCUGCAUAUGAAAAAUCUUUUCCUAUUAAGCCUGUUGCAAGUCCAUCUUGGAGCGGUUCUUGUCGACGAAGUCUUUUAAGCCCUAAGAAGUCUCAGCGACGACAUGUUAGUACAGCAGAAGAGACAGUUAAAGAAGAAGAGAGAGAGAUCUACAGACAACUGCUACAGAUGGUCACAGGAAAACAGUUCUCUGUAGCCAAACCGACCACACAUUUUCCUUUACACCUGUCACGAUGUCUUAGUUCCAAUAAAGAUGCUUUGGGAGACUCCCUGUUUAAAAAUGGAAACUCUUGUACAUCUCAUAUCAUUGGCUCUGACACUUCAUCAUCUGGAUCGGCCAGCAUUGUAACUACCCACGAACAGCUGUCUCAUAGUGCAUAUUCCCUGUCAUCAUAUGUUCCAGAUGUUGCGUUUGGAUCCAAAGAUUAUGAUCCUUGCCAUCAGCCCCAGCAUUCUCUUCCACACCAGCCAGAUAAUUUACCAGCAUCAAAUACACAAUCUGAAGGAUCAGACUCUGUGAUUUUACUCAAAGUGAAAGAUUCUCAGACUCCAACUCCCAGUCCUACUUUCUUCCAGGCAGAGCUGUGGAUCAAAGAAUUAACUAGUGUUUAUGAUUCUCGAGCGCGGGAAAGAUUGCGCCAGAUAGAGGAGCAGAAAGCACUAGCAUUACAGCUUCAAAAUCAGAGAUUGCAGGAACAAGAACAUUCAGUACAUGAUUCAGUAGAACUACAUCUUCGUGUACCUCUUGAAAAGGAAAUCCCUGUCACGAUUGCCCAAGAAACAGAAAAAAAAAGUCGUAAGUUAAGUGAUAGUGAAGAUGAAUUUCCUGAAAUUACAGAGGAAAUGGAGAAAGAAAUAAAGAAUGUAUUUCGUAAUGGAAACCAAGAUGAAGUUCUCAGUGAAGCAUUCCGCUUGACCAUUACACGCAAAGAUAUUCAAACUCUAAACCAUCUGAAUUGGCUCAAUGAUGAGAUCAUCAAUUUCUACAUGAAUAUGCUAAUGGAGAGAAGUAAAGAAAAAGGAUUGCCAAGUGUGCAUGCAUUUAAUACCUUUUUCUUUACUAAGUUAAAAACAGCUGGUUACCAGGCAGUGAAGCGUUGGACAAAGAAAGUGGAUGUAUUUUCUGUUGAUAUUCUUCUGGUGCCCAUCCACUUGGGAGUGCACUGGUGUUUAGCUGUUGUAGACUUUAGAAAGAAGAAUAUUACCUAUUAUGAUUCUAUGGGUGGAAUAAACAAUGAAGCCUGCAGAAUCCUCUUGCAAUACCUAAAGCAAGAAAGCAUUGACAAGAAAAGGAAAGAGUUUGACACCAAUGGUUGGCAGCUCUUCAGCAAGAAAAGCCAGGAAAUUCCACAGCAGAUGAAUGGAAGUGACUGUGGGAUGUUUGCUUGUAAAUAUGCUGACUGUAUUACCAAAGACAGACCAAUCAACUUCACACAGCAACACAUGCCAUACUUCCGGAAGCGGAUGGUCUGGGAGAUCCUCCACCGAAAGCUCUUGUGAAGACUGUCUCAGCAAGCAGACAAUGACCCCGUGGGGGACCAGCCCUUUGUUGUCUACAGCCAGAGACCGUGAAAACAGCUGCUCCCAACCCUCUGUUCUUGUAUAGCCCUUGAACCUGAACCAGGCCCUGGCAAGAUGCAUUCACAAGCACAUCUGCCUUUCCUUUUGUAUCUCAGAUACUAUUUUUGCAAAGAAACUUUGGUGCUGUGAAAGGGGUGAGGGGCAUCCCUAAGCUGAAGAGAAAUUGCUUUUCACUUCUUCAGUUCUGCCAUCUUGUUUUCAAAGGGCUCCAGCCUUGCUCAGCCCCUAAUUAGGGGACUGAGAAAAGCUUGGAAAGAAUCUUGGUUUCUUAUAAACUGUUGUUGCUAGGCCUUAUUGAGAAGUAGAAAAGGGCAUGGUCGAGAGGUAGGGAUAAAAACCACCAGCAUAUACAUGCACACAUAUAUAACGUGAUUUUUAAGACAUGUAGUCAGGAAAGUGACUGUAAACUGGACUUUGGAGCACAUGCAGAAGUCUCUGCCUUUAAGACCCUUCCUGUUUAUAUGCCCUAUAUGUGAAACUAACUGCUUCACUACAAGACUGUGUUACCAAUUUCAUGCAUCCUGAGGCACAGCACAUGAGCCCCAGGCAGACUCCAAAGUCCCAGGAAGUUCUUUCCUUAAGAGCAGGGGUUUGCAUGUGCUAACCACACAUGCUACAGGGAAGACCCACCCAGGGAAGGUUCAUUGGAGCAACAAAAGCUCCAUUUCUAAUGUUGCCUGCUUCUGACCAAGAAGAACGACCUCAGUCUUUAGCAUAAAAUUACAGUGUUGGAUGAAUCCAGGUCUAGUUGGUCUGUGGGUAGUUUAAGUGUGUUUCUAACCACAGA